CCCGCGGCUGCGCUCCGCCCGCCUCCCGGCAACUCUGCUCCAGCCCCGCACGCCGUGCGCGCCGUCCUGCCGCCGGGGCUCCAGCCGGCUGGCGUGCUUGCCGUGGGGUCGGGUCGGGCAGGGUUACCUCCGUUGGGGAUCGGGGCAUCCUCAGCGCAGCCGAGGGGCGCGGAGUCAGCUGCGGCGGCCACUGCGCGGUAGCCCUUGCUGGCCAAACAGCGUGGGCAGGCGCGCGGCGGGGCUCCGGGGCUCCCCGAGGGCAACGCGCCCCGACUCUCCCCGGGGGAGAGCCAGCCCCGAGGGGCGCACGGAGCGAGCGUGCCCCCGGCCGCGCCGUCUCCCCCGUACCCCCACUUCACAAACUUUUCUGCCGUCCUCGCCCGUGGGGGUCGCAGUGAGCGUUAGGGCUGCCCUCCGGGGCCCCGACCUCCCGGACCCUAGCCACGCUGACCUCCUGCCUCUCGUAGCCUCAGUGGCGACCCCUCCAGGCCGGGCCGGGCGCAGCACUCGAGGCAAGCGCGGCAAGCUCCUGCGCUCUCCAAAGGAUCCCGUGCCCCUCGGGGCUGCCGGGUAGGGUAAUGCCCUCAGUAAUGGAGAAGCCCAGUGCGGGCUCCGGGAUCUUGUCCCGAAGUCGGGCCAAGACGGCACCCAACGGCGGACAGCCGCACUCGGAGGAUGACAGCAGCGAGGAGGAGCACUCUCAUGACAGCAUGAUCCGAGUUGGAACCAAUUACCAAGCAGUAAUUCCGGAGUGCAAGCCUGAGAGCCCUGCACGCUAUAGCAACAAGGAGCUGAAGGGAAUGCUGGUGUGGUCCCCCAACCACUGUGUAUCAGAUGCCAAACUUGACAAGUACAUUGCAAUGGCCAAGGAGAAGCAUGGCUAUAACAUUGAGCAGGCACUCGGCAUGCUUCUGUGGCAUAAACACGACGUGGAGAAAUCACUGGCUGACCUAGCCAACUUCACUCCCUUCCCUGAUGAGUGGACGGUGGAGGACAAGGUGCUGUUUGAACAGGCCUUUGGGUUCCAUGGCAAGUGCUUCCAGCGGAUCCAGCAGAUGCUACCUGACAAGGUGAUUCCCAGCCUGGUGAAGUAUUACUACUCUUGGAAGAAGACCCGAAGUCGAACUAGUGUGAUGGACAGGCAGGCCAGGCGGCUGGGUGGCCGCAAGGACAAAGAAGACAGUGAUGAGCUAGAAGAGGGACGAGGAGCUAUGAGUGAGGGGGAACCGGAUACUGGGGACCCCAAGCGAGAGCCUCUGCCAUCCAGACCUCUGAACGCACGGCCUGGUCCUGGGAAGAAGGAGGUUCAGAUAUCUCAGUAUCGCCACCACCCACUUCGAACUCGGAGACGUCCGCCCAAGGGCAUGUACCUGAGUCCUGAAGGCCUCACUGCAGUAUCGGGAAGCCCAGACCUUGCUAACCUCACACUCCGAGGUCUUGACUCACAGCUCAUCUCUCUUAAGCGCCAGGUCCAGAGCAUGAAGCAGACCAAUAGCAGCCUCCGCCAAGCACUGGAGGGCGGCAUUGACCCUCUCCGCCCCCCUGAGGCUAAUACCAAGUUCAACUCCCGCUGGACCACUGAUGAGCAACUUCUGGCUGUUCAAGGUCCAGAUUACAUCUGUCUCAACAUCAGUACCCCGAUCAGUACCCCCUGCACCGCCCCCACCUCCACCGCCCACCUCGCUUUCCCAGCCACCCCCGCUGCUGAGGCCACCUCUGCCCACAGCUCCCACAUUGCUCCGCCAGCCGCCUCCCCUGCAGCAGGGCCGCUUCCUGCAGCCUCGGCUGGCCCCCAACCAGCCUCCACCACCGCUCAUCCGCCCUGCCCUGGCUGCCUCUCGCCACAGUGCCCGCCCUGGUCCUCAGCCUCCACCUACUCUGGUUGGAGCUCCUUUGGAGCCCCCUGCACCCUCACUUUGAGCCUGAUUCCUCCAUUGCCCAGAGGCUCCUGAACCCCUUGGCUGGAUCUCUCUGGCAGCACUAAGGACAGAAGGGACUAGGGCUCUUGCCAGGUCUUUCAAAUACCCAAAGCUGCCAGUUGGCACAGCUUGGACCUGUGGGUUCUGCAUGUGUUCCUGGCAGCUGAGCUUGUAAACCCCCAGCCAGGGGCUAGAUCUCAGGGCCUGCAGGGACUCUUGCUUCCUGGCUGUGACUGGAAUGGCUGCCUCCUUGCCUGCCUGCCUGCAGAGGGCUUGGCCUCUGGGCCUACCCUUUGUGUGGGGGUAGUGACUUUAGCCUGGGGGAUGGGGGAAGAGGACAGGAUGUUAGCUGGCCUCAUUCACCUUUCCUUCUUUUUAGCAAUAAGUCAGGUGCAGUGGAAGGGAAUUGGGGUGGGGAUGGCAGAAACCUGGUGGGAAGAAUGUUGGGUAGCUGUGAGGAGACCCACUUUGUCCACCCCCAAAAGCUUGGAGAAAGAAGGGUUGGGGACUUACACAGACAUGGGUUUAUUUUUCAACAUUUUUAAAAAAUAAAUGCAACCUUG